UGACAACCAAAACUGACAUUUAAAGAUUUGUUUUUGUUUCCUGCGAAUUCUACUUUAAUUCUGUUCCUUUUGUUUAUAAUUUAUGAUAAAAAUGCUGAAAUUAAAAUUUACAUCCAAUCUUAUUAUUGUAGAAGUAUUUGAAAAUUUUGAAUUUACAGUAGUAAAUUAGGAAAAGUACUUUACUUUCCUAGUAAGGAAUAAUUCAGAAACACAAAUGUAAAGUUGAUUGAUACGGAUCAUAUUUCCAUUUCAAUAUUUUCUUGUUUAUCUUCGGUAAUUAUGGAAGUUUGUAGAAUUUGUCUAGCCAGUGCGAUUGAUAAAGAUAUAACCGAGUUAAGUACGGACGAUAAUGGACAAAUAAGAAAUUAUGCACAUAUAAUACUGUUUUGUUUUGGAAUUCAAAUCAUACAAGACUCAAAAAUGAGUACAAAAUUAUGUUCAAAGUGUUAUAAAAAAAUACUGUCUUUUUAUAAAUUUAAAACAUUAGCUUUAAGAAGUGAUACAUAUUUAAGAGCCAACAUAGACUCGGAGAUAAAAAAUGAAAUUUUCUUAAGAGAUGAUAUAAAAAGUGAGAUUGCAUCUCUAAGUGGUGAUGAAUUUCUUGAUGACCAUAAGAGUGAUGAAGUAAAAGAUGAGUUGUUUUCAAAAGAUGAUAAUAAUUUAAAAGACCUUCCAUCAGAUGAUGAAUAUUUGAGUGUUAUUAAAAAAAUUAAAUAUGAACAUAUUGCAGAAGAAACUAAAGAAAAUGACCCAUUCAAAAGAAAUAAAAAAAAGUUUAAGAAAUUAAAAGGACAAGAAGGCAAACUUCAAGUCUGCGAGGAGUGUGGCAAAACAGUCCGCAACCUAAAGGAUCAUUUACACCUGCACCAACCGGCGGCUGAACGUAAAAGAAUAAAAUGCAAAUUGUGCGAUAAGACAUUCUCAUCGCAUAGCGCUAGAUACAAACAUAAUAAGAUAAAGCACCUUGGGAUCAAACAAAGAUGUACUAUCUGUAACAAAUUCGUAGUAAAUGUAAGAUCCCACCAAUUGGUGAUGCACAAUUCGGCGGCGCUGCAACACGAGUGCGUCUCCUGCGGCCGCCGUUUCAUAUCUCAGUCGGCGCUGGAUGUUCACAUGGCCACGCAUACAAAGGACCGGCCGUUCAGCUGUGACCUCUGUGAGAAAUCAUUUCGUACAAAGAUGGUCAUGUUACAGCACAGGCGACAAGUCCACGAGAAGGAAAAAUCUCACUUGUGUCAAUUUUGUUCCAAGAGCUUCUUCAAGAAAUAUCAUUUACAAAUACAUUUAAGAAGUCAUACAAAAGAGAAACCAUACGAGUGUCCUGAUUGCGGCAAAUGUUUCUCGUCCACAACGAUCCUGAAGAACCAUAGACUUAUACAUACAGAUAUUAAAUUGUUCGCAUGUACGCACUGUGAUAUGACAUUCUGCAGAUCGGGGUACUUACGAGCUCACAUGGUGAGCCACACAAAGGAAAAACGCUACCCGUGCAAGUACUGCGGCGUUAAGUUCGGCCGCUCCGACCACCGCAAGCGACACGAGCACACCGCACACGAGCGCCAUCUACUUGCCGCCUAGCGAAGCCUGCUCGUCGAAUAGUGAUACUAACUUAUUGUAUAGCGACGUCUACUCGUCUCGGUGACGUCAUCUCGUCGUAAAUUGAUGCCAGCUCCUCAAGACUUCAAGAAGAAAACCAAUCGGUAUUCGAUUCUAUCACAACAAUUCUGAUAGAGAGACGAGAGGUCCCGCAAAGUGAGUGGAAAAUGUGGCCAUCUUAGACGCUGUGUUCAUAUAACCAAAUGUCAAUGGAGUCAUUAUCGGGUCAUUACUUGGUAUUAUUUUUAUUAUAAUUAUUUUUUUACUCGAGCUUGUUACAUGGAUACAUAUAUACAUAUCUGUCACACCUCUCUCCCAUUAGGGUAGGCAGAAACAAUGGAACGCCAAAUGCUUCAAUUCAAACAAGUAUCUUUCGCUUCUUCUACAUUCAUCAAUCAUUUCAUACACGCUCGCCGGUUACGGGUACUUUUAAUUUAAUGCAACUUCCAACUUAUUAUAUUUAGUAUAUUUUGAUGUUUCUUACCCAAAUUACAUAUGUAUGCAUGUACAGUGAACAAACCGUUGGAAUAGAAAGAUUGUUUUACUUAUUUGUAAGUUAUUAGUUUCGAUGAAAAUAUCUGUCAAUAUUGGUUACUAAAUAUGUCAAUUGAGAGUAAACAUAAAAAAAUAUACUAUGUUAUAAUGUAUAUUAUACGUAGAUUAUGAGUCCAUCUACUAAGCAUAAGGAUCAAGUUCUUUUGGUUUUUGUUAAUUAUAAAAUCAUUGCAUUUCAUAGUAACUAAAAUAUUGUUAUUUUAAAUAUAACUACAACCGGGAACUAUUAAUAUGUACAGUAGCCAAAACAAGGGUCACUUAUUUAUUUUGAUAUCACCUCUAAACAGGUGAAAAUCAAGUAGAUACAAAAAAGACAAAUUCUAUUCUCUUUAACAACUAUCCCAACUAGAGUCUUAGUAACUCUUAAAGAACAUUUGUUUAAACAAUUGGCUCAUUUUGUUUAGACUAAUAUAUUUUAAAAAAUGUACAUCGUCACUUUCAAUUCAAAUACAGUUUAUUCUAAACAGUGUCAGCAAUUUUUUUUAAAAUUGAACUAAAUUAUCUGCAUUGUAAAAUUCUUUUUGUAAUGUUAGAGAAGUAAACGAGCUGACAGUUCCCUUGUAUUGCUAGUGUGAGUUGCACAAAGUGAUUUAGGACAAAUUCACACUGUAGUGCUGGUCUCGGUUUGCUCUCGAUAAGGUCAAAUAUUACUACAUAAGAAACUAUGUAUGUAUUCACACUACAAUACAAUUCCAGAGUGUAUCUUCAUUAUGGGACCAUAAAGGUUACUGAACUUUACCAAUACAAUAUCGGAUUUAUGGCCGUUUAUAGAGGAUCAAUUGUUUUUAAUUUCUCCUCUCCCUUCUUUCCGUAUGGUGACGUCUUUUUAGUGAAAUAGGAGAAUGAAACUUGAGAUUAAACACAUGGAAAUAUGCAGAUACACAUUAUAUGAAACUUGUGGUUUCAUAUAUAUAUGAAAUACAAUAUAUAUAUAUAUUGUAUUUCAUAUAUUGUAUUACAUUCGCCCGAAAGAAAGAAACAGAUGUCGCUUUUUGCAGUUUGAUAUAUGUUAGUAAAAAAAUAAUGAAACUGUUAUGUUUUAAAAAAUCUAUUAAGUUUAAAAUAAAAUGUAUU